CCACGUCUUCGAGCGUCAUGUCUCGAGGUAUCUUUCGAAAGGCGAAGUCGACUUCUGACACGCCGACAGAAGGACAGCGUCGCGUCAGCUUUCUGGAGAAGCCGUUUGCAGAAGUGCUGCAUAUCAUUAAAGAGGAGGAGGACUCUUCGGAUGAAAGGAAAGGAAGCUCGGCGAGUAAAAGUAACGAGAAACUCUCGACGUCGGGCAGCGCCGUUUUGAAAAUUCUCGAAUCGAGCCCCAAGCAAACGAAUCUCGAGGGAACCGAACGACACCCUGAUGAUGCCUUUGUCGUGUACCAAGCGGAAACGAAUGUCUUCAAAACUCAGAUGGUAGCCGUCACCAGAAGCGGCCAGUCAGACCACAGUCCCUCCUUGACGACGUCUCAACCAGUCAACCGAGGAUACAAGCUCUCCCUUGUGCAUCACCAACCAUUUUGCGGCUCUGACGAAGGACCCCUAGCCCCAUCGCCGUGCACGUCUCUGUCAUUCGUGUCCUCCGAGUCGGGCCACAACGUGAUGCAUCCAUUGACCGACCUGGCGCUUCUUCGGGGACUGCUGCCUUGCCGCAGGCCAAAGUACGAGACCGGGGACGGGAGGUCGCGAACUGGCCAACUUUCAAGGGCGCUGUCGGCAGGCACGCACACUGAGGAGGCGGCAACCAGGACUUCGCAGCAAGCCUUUGGUCGAACCCAGCAGUCAUCAGUUGGUGAUAGACGAAGGGGAUCUUCGGUUUGGCCCAGGACUGGAGCGCGACAAGCGCUUGUCCGAUGUCGCCCAGAGGACCCUCCUGGGCCGCCGCGAUCGGCACCCAACACUACUUCCGUGAAAGAUAUGCCUUUCCUAGAGCCCCAACUCUGGAUUCAGCGACAGCCCCGAACCAAACGGAAUACGGCUUUCAGCAGAAGAAGUCUUCUUUGGCCUCAUCGUCUGCAGACGCAACUCUUGAAGAUCCUUCAAGGGCCAUGAGACCCUCCACGGUGAAAUCCGAAGUGUUCCUGACAAGGAGCACAACCGGGUUGUACAGGAGCUCGCCGUGCUUCCAAGAUUCUAACAACUCAUCCAGGAACGAUCUCUUCCUUCAGCCGCUUCGACUUAGGGACCUGGUCGUCCUGCGGUACCCCCAGUUUCGCUGGCUAACGGUACAGUCAGAACAGUAUACAGAUGCAGGCGUGCAGGGAUCGCAGCGAGAGUCUCAGUUUGCUACGUCUGAAAACUCCAGUCGAAAUACUCCACCACCAUCGCACGUGGAUGCAGUUGUGAAAACGCUCCGAGAGAUUUAUCUGGACACGUCAACACUUUCCCUACACCUUUCC